CCUCUGACUCCAAGGCCUGCACUCUAUCCACUGCACCACCUAGCAGCUCAAUCCAAAGUUAACUUCCUAAAUUUGAGUGUUAUUAAACAGAUUGGCCAGUCUUGGCUGAUGUUGAAUCCUCAUUUUGCAUAAAUAAAAUGAAUAUUUUGUAUUGAGCUUUGGUCUUCUCCUUUUGAGUUUAAUACCUGUAGUAGCCCCUCAGUGACUAUGAAGCCUCUCUACCUUUACUGUGCCAUGAACGGGGCUAUGCUUAGAAGUAUGUAUUGGGUCAGAGUCAAAACUGGCUGUGGCUUUCUUCAGUAGCAUUACAAAUAUUUGUUGGUUGAUCAUGUAAAACAUUGGCCAUUAGAGCAAAUACAGUGUAGGAAAGAAGUGUUUUUUCCCCUUCAUGGAAGAGCAUUUGGCCUAGUGCCUUUCUAGAAAUAACAGGAAGACAUAAGACUAGAGGGCUAUAAAUAUGUCCAUGUAGCAAUAAUUAUUCUUUUUCUAUUUCAGCUGAGGAUAAUGAUUCUCCACACUCCAUACUUUAUUUAAGUAAGAAUUUAUGCACUUUAAUUUCCUGUCUGUGCCAUUGGGCUAAUCGAAGACAGCAUUUUGAAAUCGCAGCUACAGAACCAGCCAAAGUCACAUUCUUGCCUUAACAAUGUUCCAGAGGUUGAAUAGUAUGUUUGUGGGUGAAAUCAAGAACUCUUCUAGCAAAGAACCAGAAUUUAGUGAAAAAGAAGAUGAUGAAUGGAUUCUUGUUGACUUUAUAGACACUAAUUUUUCAACAGAAGUAGAAGAGGAAGAUGCCAGUGAAGAAUCACCUACUGAGCACCCUCCAGUUUUUUCCUGUUUACCAGCUUCCUUGGAAUGUUUAGCUGAUACUAGUGAAUCUUGCUUUGUCCAAUUUGAGGCCUGUCCUAUGGAGGAGAGUUGGUUUAUUACCCCUCCCCCAUGCUUUACUGCAGGUGGAUUAACCACUAUCAAGGUGGAAACCAGUCCUUUAGAAAACCUUCUAAUUGAACAUCCCAGCAUGUCUGUUUAUAAUUCCUCCAGAAAUCUUAAUGAGGGCAACUGUGAGACUGAUGAAUUUCAUAAUCCGAGCAGUUCUAGAAUAGAAGUACGGAAUGAAGUGGGGCAACAUGUUCAUUGCUAUGUUGCAGCUUUUGCUGCUCAUUCAACUUUCCUGGAACAAACCAAGAGCUUUCGUCCCACUCAGUGGAUAAAGGAACAUGGUGAAAGACAUUCUCUGAACAGAAAUAGCCUCCGUCGCCAAAAUCUUACCAGGGAUUGCCAUUCUCGGCAAAUCAAGCACAAUGGGUGGGUUGUUCACCAGCCUUGCCAGCGUCAGUACAAUUACUAAGGAUUCCAAGUCUUAAUCAUAUCAAUUUGUUGGUAUAUUGCUCUUGGUUUUAUAUGUGAGAGUGUGGGUGAGUGUGAUGUGCGCACAUGCGCUCAAAUAACAAAGGUGUAGUAUUUGCAGCUUGACUGAUGAUCAAUCAUUUAAAUAGAAUUGUUUCUCUAGAUAAUUUUUUUUUAAAAAUUUACAUUCUGUGUGUCACACAAUGCCUUGCUCUUCAGAGUUAACUUUUUGCCUGAACUUUUUCAGAAUGUUUUAGAAACAUCAGUAUGAUUGCAGUGUUUAGUAUUUUGGGAAUGUCUUUGACUCAACUAAGUUAUGUGAGUUAGUUGGCAUUUUAAGGAAAUUUCUUACUGAGUGAUGGAAUAGUCAGGUUUCAGCUGAAUUUUUUUCCUUUUUUUUUUUUUUUUUUUUGUAUUAAUCAAAAGUUUGGAAUUUCUCAGGGUCAGCCAUACACUUUAAUGACCAGUACUUGAUAAUCUUUUCUGUAUAUAAUGAAUACUUUUUUUUACACACUAACAAGCAUUAAAAGGCAGUGGUUGCCAUGGACAUAAUGGAAUCAUGACUGAACUUUCUAUUGAAAGAGAACUUGAUAUUUUACUACUUCCUCAUCAGUCAUACAGUUAAUUUUGAUAUCAGGUACAUUUAGUUCAUAGAUAGGAGUUAGCUGUCUUUCUGAUAAUUACAAUGAUGUGGUACAAAUAUUACAGGUUAUUGUGGGACAGAAAUACCUGUUUCAUUUAGUAAAAUUAAAAGCAGACCUGUGGUUUAUACUUAGAAGUGUUCAUUUAUGAAAAAUGCUCAUUUGUUCCAUUGUUUUGAUUACUUAGGGCUUUUUCUUUUUCCCCAUUGGUUAGUUGCAGAAUUAGAAAAUAGCCAUUAUUAUUAUGUAGAAAUUAAUACAGCCUCUUCACUUUACACAAUGAGAAGCACAAGUCUUUAUUUCCAGGCUAGGAACAGAAUUAUUAGUUCUGCUUUUCCACCCUUGAGUCUGUGCUGAUAAGUGAUGUGUACGGAUUGACUCCUGACAAGCACUGCUUCCAGACCAACAUUGUCUUGAAUGAAGAUUAGUAGCAGCUGGAGUUUUCUCUCUCCUGUUUUCCUUGGUUCAAUAGUUGAAUAAAAAUACCUACCUCACAGGGGUGUUGUGAGGAUUAUAAAUAAGAAAUAAGGUUGAAGUGGAGUUAGGAGAUUUCUAGAACUGGACCUUCCAUGUAAUUCCAAGGGGCUCUCUAUACUGAAUCAGUUGUUAUUUGGCUAUAUCUCUGCCAGGGCUGGGUAGGUAGUUCAAGGGAGCAUGGUGCUAAUGAAGCCAAGCUCUGGUUUAAUUUCUCUUCAGGAUAAUUAAUUAACUUCACAAAACAAACAAAAAAAAAACCAAAAACCCAUGACGGACUACCAUUAAUCUGUAGCUGGCUUUACUUUUUUAGUAUUUAGUGAUGGCUUUUCUGAGCUAUACACACUACAAAUUCUCAGUUUCUUGUAUGACUAGGGACACAAUUAGAACUCAAAAAGUCCAUUUCUACUAGCAGUAGAAGAACAUCAUGUUAAUAAUUUGUCCGUCCUUUUUCCACCUAUAGUCCAGCCCUGACUAAAUAAUAAAUGCAUGUUUUAAGAUGCUUUCAAAAGCAUUAUAAUCAUAGAGUAUUAUUUUAAAUGGCUCUGUGUGGACUUCAGAUACUAGGAACUGUGGGAGCCUUUCCUCCCCUUUAAGUGUGAAAAGCUGUGUUGAAUAGCAUGGGGUGGUUGUAAUUCACGAAGUCAGAUGGUUAGUGUGUUUAGAUGCUUAAAAUAGUUCUUCCAGUAGCACUAAGAAAGUGUCAUUUUUCAAAACGGGGGGGGGGGGGGUUAAGUCUACUUUUCAUGGCUUUCCCCAUUAUUUAUUUAUUUUUCCUGAUUAGGGGCCAAGUCCACAAAGCUCUGUCAAACUGGGCUAGUAUUUUGUUAAACUGCUAGUGUUUACAUGGGAGGAGAAUGAUUUAGAAACUGUUUGCUAAUAGGGCAAUACAGUUGGAUAACUUGAAAAUAAUAUGACUAAAUGGUUUCUUGUAAAGCUUCUCAGUAUUGAGAAGGAAGAUUCUUAUACAUAGGUUACAUGAAGUGCUGGUACCUCAAGCUAUAGAUCUGACAUUCAGUUGUGAAAAUUUGCUAUGGCCACAUGAACAGAUUUAUGUAUAAAGUUACCGUAUUCUCCCCUUUCUAGAGGGCUUUUAAUUCAUUCACCUCUAUAUUAGCUACUGACCCUUUGUUUGCCUGUCAGUUUAGUUUUGUAAGCUUAAAAUUCUUUCUUAAAAACUGUUGGAAUUUUAUAGAGUGAGAAUUAUCAGGAUGUAAUCUGUAUGUACUAUAAGCAUGCUAUGGUAUUUAUGUUGGCAUCAAAAUUUAUCACCUAAACCUUGGUUUAAGUUCGUGGUUAUUCAAGGUGCUGCAAGGCCAGUAGCCUAGUUAGAAAUAUGAAUCUGAUAUAUUUUUUGAAAUAUGGCCAAAGAGAUUAGAUUUUAAAGUUUGUUGAUAAAUGCUAGUGAUUUGAAAUUGCUUAUUCUGAAAUCAUACAAGGAGAAAUGCCCCUUUUAAAAUUUCAUAAGACUUUUUCACUGUCUGCAGUUGAGUUUUUUGUUAAUAAUGCCUAGAUACAUGAAGACAUUACAUUCUGUCCGUCAUAUGGCAGUAUUGUGAUAUAAAUUGAAAACUAACUGGUCCAUGAUUUAUCUUCCAUAUAAAUGCAUUUAUAAUUUCAUUUGGUUUGGUUUGUUUGGUGUUGUUUUUGCAGUUCUAAAAGUGGUUCAAUUAUAAAAUUUCCUACUGUGGGGAAUUUUUGUUACUGUCCUUCAUUUGAUUUGUGCUGUAUGCUUUGGUUUACAUACUCUUCUGUUGUGAUUUGAUUCUGUCCCCUAACCUAACCUCUUUUAGUGGGAGAACAGUAAAUUUACCAUCUGAUAAAACCUUUUAUCAUUUGCUUAUUUUAUGCUUUCAAAGUGGAAUCACUUUUUAAAAUCCUUUUUAUUUUCUUUAAAGGAAAAAGAGCAAGGAAGAGUAUAGUCUAAAUUUACCCUGAUUCUCUUUGAGUUGGAAAAGACAAAAAUAAAGGAAGAUUAAAUCUUGUUCAUCUCAAAUUAGACUAUAUAAAUUGUCAUUUUAAAUAGUGAGAUUGAAUAAUGAAGUGAAAAGAACUUCCUAGUCUAGGGCUUUUAUUUUUGCUAUAGAGACAAUUUGAGACUGCUCCUUGUACCAGGAGAUACUAAUCUGUUGGAUGUUUUUUGUUUUGGUAAUGUUUUUUUAAAGUUUUUUUAAGGCCUGUUCUUACUAAUUCUUGUAGAACUGAGUCACCAGAAUUGAACGUCUUUUGUCAGCAGUCAAGUUAGGUAAGGUGAUUCAUCCCUUUCUACAUGUAUGUUUAAAGUGUUAUUUAAAUUUUUAUAUUCACAUAAAAAAAAUAUUCACAUUUUUUUUGUGGCGAUGAACCUUGUCAUAUACCACAAUUUUCUUAAAACUGUUCAAGUUUAAGUAGAUUGAAAACUAGGAAAAUUAUGCAGCUAGAAGGACAUCUGUUUUAAUGUCUUUAUUUUGGGAGAAGUUACUUUCAGAAAAGGCAGCUUCCGUUCGAGAUGAUAUAUAUGGUUGCAUAUCAUUGGGGAUUCUUUUAAUGUAUAUGUUGUGGUUUUUUUGUUUUGUUUGGGAUUUAAAUCUAAAUGUUACACUCCAUAUAAUAAUGCUCUGUAUUUUUGUCUGGAAUUUUAAGGGGUUUUUAUUUUCUAACUGGAUGGCUGUUUACAAACCAAGCCACUAGAGGGGAGGGGAGGUUGGGUCUGGUGUGUGUGAAGGGUUUCUGCUGAAACCUUUGGUUUGUUUUCCCCAGAGGUUCUGGACUUUAACUGUUAUCUUUUUUUAUGUGUUUUAUUUAAAGUAAAAGAAGUGGCUUUGAUUUUGUUUUAGAAAUGUUAACACAUUGAUUUUUUUUCCCCCAAGACAAUACAUUUUGUAACUAGAUUAAAUAGUACUGUCAGUUGGACUAUAUGUGCCUUGUAAAUGUGUUUCUAUACACAGAAAAUUUGAACAACUUGAAAGACUCAAGGACAUUUGGUUAGGAGAAAUACUGUACAUCAAUCUAUGCAUAAAUGGCAGCUUAUUUCUUGAGCCACUCACUGUCUAGUUUCUGUUUUUGUAGAAAAUUUGAUACUGAUUGGUUCACAGAGGAAUGAUUGGUUUUACAAAACAGACUGAAUAAUACAGUACAGCACUUUGCCAAAAAAAAAAAAAGUGUAGCAUUGCUUAAACAUGUGUACUAACACCAGUUUUUGUAUGGGGGGGGGGUCUUUGGUGCAUUUUGCACUUCUUGGUCUUUACCUGUCAGUAAAUAAAAUGUCUUUUGCUUCAAAA